ACGUCCCGCUUUUCCUGAUCCACGCGUUAUGCGUUAUCUCCUUCUUCAGCGUCACAUAGCCCUUUUGCAGUGAGAGAGCUUAGAGCACUCUAAAAAUGGCUCCGAGCGAGUCCUCGUCCUCCGACAACUCAAACCACACGGCCUCCAACUUCGUCACCAACUGCGGACUGUUACUCUCUUCCGCCAAAUUCGACCCCUUUCUCAGAUCACCAUUAUCGUCUAAGAAGCCCAAUUUUGGUCCUCCGAACAUCCUCCUCAUCGGCGAUCAUCUACAAAGCUCAAUCGCCUCCGCCGCCACAAAAUGUCUCAGAUUUUUUCACUCGUUUGCUUCUCAGAAUCCGCUUCUCCAGAAAGCUCUCUCUUUGCCCCACGAAUUCCACAGUUUCUGCCACCAGAUUCGUUGCAGAAGCUACAGGAAUGUUAAUUCCAUAUCGAGUCACAAUUUCGCCGCGGUUCUACCGGGCGAUUCCGUGGCUGGACUUGUAGUUGCGAAUGGAAUUAUCAAUUUCCUCAACAUUUACAACACGGUGCUCAUUGUCAGGCUCGUCUUGACCUGGUUCCCUAACGUCCCUCCCUUCAUCGUUAGCCCUCUCAGCACAAUUUGUGACCCAUACUUGAACAUAUUCCGUGGGAUCAUUCCACCACUAGGAGGGACACUGGACCUCUCUCCCAUUCUGGCAUUCCUUGUUCUUAACGCCUUUACUAGCACUGCUGCUGCUCUUCCUGCUGAACUUCCCGCCGCGGAAUCAAACCAACAGACUUGUUCUUCAUCAUUUUCCGAUCUCACUUCUUCGGAGAAGAAAUGGAUGCGGAGGCUUCAUGGUGGAAACGGAACAAAGAGCUAGAUAUUCUUCCCAUCUUAACAUGUAACGCUUUUACCAUUUUCAAAGUUUCAUAUCAGGCACAGCCCAAAAUUGUUUUGGUAUCUCUGACCUGGUAGAGAUAUGAAUGGCUUCUCUCAAAAAAAAAAAAAAAUUUUUUUUUUUCUUUUGAUCCUGUAUUGUUCACUCAUAGUGGUUUGGAAGACUUCAUUUGUUAAUUUAUGUAAACGCAGACUUUAUGGAUGUGUGCGAAUUUUGAGGAAUACCGAGGCACAUGUGGAAUCUGAUUCCA